AUGGGCAGACGUACGGAGCUCUUUCUGUCCGGCUACUUCCGGCUGCUGGCGCUCACCUGCAGCGCCCAGAAGCCGGCGGUGCAGCAGCUGCUGAGCAGCUACCUGGCCUUGGUGCUGGGCGAUAUGCUGCGGCAGGUGUGGCGCUACUUUACCCUCAGCUGGGAGCCGAGUGAGGGGCACAGUCAGCACCAGAAGCACUUCGGCACCUACGCCAAGAUCAUCGAUGCGAUGAGCCUCGCCUAUCUGCUGGCCCACAUGCUGAUGCUGCUGCAGGCGUUGCUGCUGCGCAAUCGCGAGCGCCGACUCCUGGCACAGCUACCGUCUGUGGGUGGAUCGAUGCCCACGGGCUUCAAUCUGCGGCUGCAUGUGGCACUCGAGUGCUUCAUUGUCGCCUGCGCCACGACCAGGGCCCUCUUCCAGACGAUCAAGGGCCAGCAGCUGCUGCCCAGCCUGCGCGAGUUGUACACCACGCAGGCGGUGCGAGCGCGCUACCUGCAGAUGUCGCUGAUGGUGGUGCGGCUGGACAUCAAGCUGCUCUCGCUGCAGCACCGACUGCUGCACGGACACCAGUGCAGCCUGGAGCUACGCACCAACUACGCCCACAUUUUGCGCCUGAUGCGCCAGCUCUCCCGCAUCUACGGGCUGUCGGUGCUGCUGAUGAACGUGCUCUGCAUGGGCGACUUCAUUGUCGUCUGCUAUGCGUACAUCAUCCUGUGGCGCCUGACGACCGUAAGCAUUAGCUGGCUGCUGCUCUGGCAGACCGUCUACGUGGUUCUGCCCACCAUCAUCAAGAUCUGGACACUGUGCGCCGUCUGCGACAGCUGUGCCCAGCGCUCAAAGCAGCUGCUGGUGCUGAUUAAUGGCGCCUGGCGUCGGCAGCCAUCAGCCGGAAGUGGAAGCGGAAACGGAAAUGCGAUUGGCUCACGCAGCCAAAUCGCCCGCAAGCAAACGGAAGACUUUUCGCUGCAGAUCAUGCAAAACUCGGUGCAAUUCGAAGUCUGUGGCAUUUACCAUCUGAAUCUCAAGACUCUGAGUGGGAUGCUGUUCUUUAUCAUCGAUUCUCUGGUCAUCUUUUUGCAAUUCAUUGGCCUUACCGAACAGCAGAGAAACUGA